GCACAGCUGCAGAGGGAAGUGCCGAGUCGCUGGGAUAGCCCAAAAUGGAUAUGGCUAACCUCUUCAAACACUUCUUCCAUCUUUGGAGCCUGAGGGAGGAACUGAGGAAACCGGAUUGUUGAUUCACUGCAGCAUCAGCCCAGUCUGUUUUUCUCCACUUCCCACUCCUCCACUUAUAAAGCUGAUGGAAAACACCAGCAGAUAAUGUCGCUUUGUGAGAGGGACAAACUCGCAGCUUUAGUUCAGAUGCUAGCGUCCUCUCACACAAGACGAGUACAGGAAGUGCUGAUGGCUUUCUGGAGAGUUCCUGACUUAAACACACAGCAGGCUGAUGGUGCUGCAUACGUGGAUGGGCUGUGACCCCCGUUUGACUCCCUGAGGAGCUCGCGACGGACCUGCGCUAGCCAAACAAGCACAGAUGUGCAACAGAGGCUGUUUAUACCAGCGUGUCGUCAGAAAUGAGUGUCAGUGCUUAUAACGGAAUUGGCAAGGUGAAACGGAAGACAGGCAUGCGUGAAACGGCCUCCAACGCGGACUCUGACUUCUACCCGGACAAUGGCGAACGUCUGUAUGACCUAAACCUUCCUGCGCUAGUCAAAUUCAGCUACAUGGCCGAGCGGGAAGAUGAGUUGACGUUGGUUAAGGGCACAAGGGUCAUUGUCAUGGAGAAGUGCAGUGAUGGCUGGUGGAGAGGGAGCUACAAUGGCCAUUCGGGAUGGUUUCCAUCCAACUACGUGACGGAGGAUGCAGAUGGAUCGGCAAGCAACGACUCUGCCGGCUUGUCGGAGAAAUUGGCUGCUGAUGCUCACAGUGCAAAUGGCAACCGGGUGCUGCACACAGUACAGGCACUCUACCCGUUCAGCUCGGGCAACGAUGAAGAGCUGAUCUUUGAGAAGGGGGAGGUUAUGGAUGUUGUGGAGAAACCAGAGAAUGACCCUGAGUGGUGGAAGUGUCGCAAAGCCGACGGGCAGAUGGGACUUGUGCCGAAGAACUACGUGACUGUUCUGCAGGAGUUGCACAACUCAGCCAGCAUGGCCGGGCCGCCCACACCUGACUGUGACUACAUUGAGCCUUCAUCCAGUGGACGCUUCGCUGGCAAGCAGUGGUACUACGGGAAGGUGACGCGUCAUCAGGCAGAGGUGGCACUCAACCAGAGGGGCACAGAGGGAGACUUUCUUAUCCGGGACAGUGAGUCCUCACCCAAUGACUUUUCAAUAUCGCUGAAAGCUCAGUCCAAAAACAAGCAUUUCAAAGUCCAACUGAAGGACAACUUGUACUGCAUCGGACAACGCAAGUUUAACUCAAUGGAGGAGUUGGUGGAACACUACAAAAAGGCGCCCAUCUUCACCAGCGAACAGGGCGACAAACUCUACCUGGUCAAGGCUCUGGCUGCCUCCUGAUCCAAGCAGAAAGAAUAUCCAGUUAACAGUGACUACACUUCCAGACAGACAGACAGACUGUGAAUAUCAAGCAUUCCAAGAAUGGGAGGUACAGGGAGAGACGGACAAUGGACUCCCGUUCAUUCGCUCGGAAACUUGCUCGAAUUUCACUGAGGGACACACCCAAUGUAUCAAAAUACAGUAUGUUUAGACCAUAGGUGAUUCAGUGUAUUUUGAUGUCAACAUGUAUUAGAAUUACAACCUAUGUCUUCUUUUGUUAAUAUAUAUUCUUUUCAUUGAUUUCGAAAAUGUAUUUUUCAUUUGUUCUUUAACUUCCCUGCCAAUUUUUUAACUGUCCUUUCAAGUUUCUGCUGUUUUAAGUCCUGACUGCAGAAGAACUUUGCUCAACAUGUUUCAAAGGUCUAACAUACUGUCUGUUACUGCCUGCAUUGCCUGAACCACACGGAACUGUUGAAAUUGACGUAACUGCUAUAUUUAUUAGGAAUCAAUAU